AUGGCUUUCGUGUGUGACGAGCGGUCUCCUACAUGGUUCCGCGUGGUGAUGGAGCUGCACGCGUGCGCCCAGAUCGCCUCGACUAAUGUGACCAUGCUCCACGUCUUCCUGCAGGGUGCAGCCAUCACCAUCAACUAUCGGAAUCAGUGUUGGGUAAAUGGGAAGGAGGUGUCAUAUCCCAGCAGGCCAGUGCCAGAGUUGCAGAUCGACCACACAGGCGGGAGCGUGGUCAUCGAGAGGGCGUCCAUCCUGAGGGUGGAGUUCACAAGCUCUGGCCAGGCCAUGCUGGCCAUCAGUCCCAGCCUGGUGGGCAAAAUGUGUGGUGCGUGCGGCAACUACGAUAGAAAUCUUGGAGACGACGUGGUAAGCUCCAACGGGACUAUCUGCCCCACACUGUCACUGGCUGUGGAAUCCUGGCAGGCCAGUGACUUCAACGGAUGGUAAGUCAUUUGGUCCAAAGGUGGUUAAG